AUGGGCGCGCAGGAAACGUACGCGAGCAAGGAAGCCGGCGGGGAGGAUCUGGUCGCCGUGAACAUCGCCGAGUCGACGCAGCCAGACUGGACAGAGAGCGAAGAGCGGCAAGCGAAGCGGAAAGUCGACUUCAUCCUGCUCCCCAUCCUGGGCCUCGCCUUUUUCGCGCUGCAGUGCGACCGCGGCAACAUCGCCAAUGCUCUGACGGAUACCAUCACCAAGGACCUGCAUGUGACGACGAACCAGAUCAAUGUUGGCAACAGCUUGUUGUCGGCGGGGAUUGUGGUGCUGGAGAUUCCGUCUAACAUCCUCCUGCAGAAGAUCGGCCCGCAACGGUGGUUAUCCUUCCAGAUCAUCAGCUGGGGUCUCGUCGCGACGUUCCAGGCUUUCGCAACGAACUAUGCUGCGUAUCUCGUGACGCGGAUUCUUCUUGGGCUGUGCGAGGCCGGCUUCAUUCCUGGCGCCCUGUAUACCAUGUCCACCUGGUACAAAAAGUCCGAAACGAGUCUGCGCAUCUCCAUCUUCUUCCUGGGCAACAUCCUGGCGUCGGCCACAGUGUCAUUGAUUGGCGCUGGGAUCCUGACCAUGGCUGGGCGUGAUGGCGUCGCUGGAUGGAGAUGGCUUUUCAUCAUCGAAGGAGUCAUGACGAUCGGCAUCGGGAUCAUCUUCAUCCUCUUCCUCCCGCCCAGCGUCGGCAACGGCAAACCGCUGAUCGGCCUCGGCGAAUGGAGCUACUUCACGUCUCGCGAGCAGUACAUCCUCGUGCGCCGCGUGCUGCUGGACGACCCGGCCAAGACGGCCUCGCAGGUGGCCAUUUCGGGGCGGGAUGUGUGGCGGACGGUGCGCAACGCGCGCAUUCUGGUGCAUGUGCUCAUCACGCUGACGGCGACCAUUUCGGUCAACGCGGUGCAGACGUAUGCGCCGUCCAUCAUCAAGAGCCUGGGCUUCAGCGCCGUGCAUGCCAACGCGCUGUUCUCCGUUGGCAACUUUUUGGCCGCUGCGAUCGUUGUGCUGCUGGGAUUUCUCGCCGACCGCACAAAACGCCGCGGACCGGCUGUCCUCAUCGCUGCGCUGUGG